UUGAAUGCUUUUGAGAAUUUUUAGCGUUCGGCAUUAUUCUGUCUCGUGAAAUGGCCGGAGAAGCAUUACCGAUAACUCCAGCUUGCUUGCAUUCAACCGCGUGGCUCUUUGAGGUCUCCAUCGAGCAGUUCAAGAAAACGUACCAGCCAUAUACGACGACGUACACUGCUACGGUGAAACUCGACACAGAGCAUGUUCAAAAAUAUUUUGGAAUUCCGGCAUCGCUUUGGAAAGUGUCCGUCAUGACUACUCAAAGUUCAAGCGUUGCAACCUACCAGAUUGGCUUGAGUUGUGCGAAGCAGGGGCUUACCAGCAAGGAAUCUUUGCGCGUGGAAUGCUCCAUCAGCGGAUCAGGUUUACACUUCGGAGAUCCACUGGAUUUGGUCAUCGGUCCGGAAGGAUGGGCAUGUCAUGAUUUGUCGGCUCGAACAUUGUCGUUUCCGCUGCCUCUGGUGAAUACCUAUGACUAUAACAACCGGCAGUAUCACUAUACAAUCGCCCCGGGUAGCACGGUUUACGUGAGAUUGGCAUUCUACGCCACCGAGUCCGACGGAAGCUCACUGGGUUCCUGUCGAGAUAACCUGGUGGAGAAGUUGGGCACGCUUCUCGAAAGUGGACGAACCAAUGACUGUACACUGGUUUCGCGUGAUGGCAAACACUUUGCCGUGCAUCGUGCUGUUCUGGUAGCGCAGUCGCCGGUGUUCGCUGCCAUGUUCAAGCACGAUAUGAAAGAGAAAUCCUCGGGAAAGUGUUUCAUCAAAGAUAUCAGCGGAAUGGUGUUGGGGGCGCUCAUUAAGUUUGCCUACACGUGCGCUCCACUCACGUUACCGGCUGCGAAGUUGCCGGAUUUGUAUGAUGCAGCGGACAAAUACGACAUGGCGGAUCUUCGGGUACACUGCGAAAACGUGAUGAUAGGCGCAAUCGACGUGAAUAUCGCCCUGCGUUACGUCAAUUUCGCCAAGGAACGCGGUUUGAAGAAAUUGAAGAAACAGGCUAUCAAGUUCCUGUACGAGCAUAGCGACGAAAUUUGA